UUAUUCACCACUGCCAUCAACAUGUUCGUCCUUCAUCAACAUUUAUGACCUUUUUACCCCUCCAAGAGAGAGAAAUUGCAAAAAAAAAAAAAAACGAAAGGACACCUCUCUCACUACUCUCUCUCUCUCUACUGCAAAGCUUCAGAACUCUGGCAGAGAGAUAAAAGAAAGAUGAUGGGGUUUUUAACUUUAUCCUCGCAAAUAAUUCUUCUUCCCUUCGUCUCUUCUCACACACACAGUCCCUACACUUGUGUACAAUCUCCUCUCUUUAAACCCACAUUUAAAGACUCUCUCUUUCUCUCUCUCCAUCUCUAUCUCAGUCUGUGUUUCUGUCGUCUGAGCACUCAAUGAAACCACACUGUAAAUUUUCGUCAGUAAGGAUGUGAUGGAACGAUAAAAAUCAACACUUUAUAUUUUUUUCUCACGGUGAAAGUUGUAAAAAAAAAGAUCUAAAAACAUAAAUAUUUGAGUUGCUCAAAUUAUAAAAAAAAAAAUCUAAUGUCGGUACAUAAUACGGUUCUCUUCUUCUUCUCUGUCCUCUGUUUUUUCUCCUUCUUCAUGGAGGCUUGAAAAGCUUAUAGACAGUGUAGCAUAAAACGCAGUCGUUUUAAGGCUGUGUAUAGUGGUGAGAAAAAUGGCUCUGUUUGGAGAUAUUGUUCUUCUGGGUUUUCUCAUCUGUUUGAGCUUUGGGAGUACUGCUGUGAAUUCAGAUGAAGGAGCAACGUUGCUGGAGAUUAAGAAGUCGUUCAAAGAUGUGAACAAUGUUCUUUAUGACUGGACAGCUUCACCUUCUUCGGAUUAUUGUGUCUGGAGAGGUGUCUCUUGUGAAAAUGUCACCUUCAAUGUUGUUGCUCUUAAUUUGUCAGAUUUGAAUCUUGAUGGAGAAAUCUCACCUGCUAUUGGAGAUUUUAAGAGCCUCUUAUCCAUUGAUCUUAAAGGUAAUCGCUUGUCUGGGCAAAUUCCUGAUGAGAUUGGAGACUGUUCUUCUUUGCAAAACUUAGACUUGUCUUUCAAUGAAUUAAGUGGAGACAUACCGUUUUCGAUUUCGAAGUUGAAGCAACUUGAAAAACUGAUUCUGAAGAAUAACCAAUUGAUAGGACCGAUCCCUUCAACGCUUUCUCAGAUUCCAAACCUGAAGAUUCUGGACCUGGCACAGAAUAAACUCAGUGGUGAGAUACCAAGACUUAUAUACUGGAAUGAAGUUCUUCAGUAUCUUGGGUUGCGAGGAAACAACUUGGUUGGUAACAUUUCUCCAGAUUUGUGUCAGCUUACUGGUCUUUGGUAUUUUGACGUGAGAAACAACAGUUUGACCGGUAGUAUACCUGGGACAAUAGGAAAUUGCACUGCCUUCCAGGUUUUGGACUUGUCCUACAACCAGCUUACUGGUGAGAUCCCUUUCGACAUCGGCUUUCUGCAAGUUGCAACAUUAUCAUUGCAAGGCAAUCAGCUUUCUGGGAAGAUUCCAUCAGUGAUUGGUCUCAUGCAAGCUCUGGCAGUGUUAGAUUUAAGUGGCAACUUGUUGAGUGGACCUAUUCCUCCGAUUCUGGGAAAUCUGACUUUCACUGAGAAAUUGUAUUUGCACAGUAACAAGCUGACUGGUUCGAUUCCACCUGAGCUUGGAAACAUGUCAAAACUCCAUUACCUGGAGCUCAACGAUAAUCAUCUUACAGGUCAUAUACCACCGGAGCUUGGAAAGCUUACUGACUUGUUUGAUCUGAAUGUGGCCAACAAUGAUCUAGAAGGACCUAUACCUGAUCAUCUGAGCUCCUGCACAAACCUAAACAGCUUAAAUGUUCAUGGGAACAAGUUUGGCGGCACCAUACCACGAGCGUUUCAAAAGCUAGAAAGCAUGACUUACCUGAAUCUGUCCAACAACAAUAUCAAAGGUCCAAUCCCAGUUGAGCUAUCUCGUAUCGGUAAUUUAGAUACAUUGGAUCUUUCCAACAACAAGAUAAAUGGCAUCAUUCCUUCUUCCCUUGGUGAUCUGGAGCACCUUCUCAAGAUGAACUUGAGCAGAAAUCAUAUAACCGGUGUAGUUCCAGGCGACUUUGGAAAUCUAAGAAGCAUCAUGGAAAUAGAUCUUUCUUAUAAUGAUAUCUCGGGCCCAAUUCCAGAAGAGCUUAACCAAUUGCAGAACAUAAUUUUGCUGAGACUGGAAAAUAAUAACUUGACUGGUAAUGUUGGUUCAUUAGCCAACUGCGUCAGUUUGAAUGUAUUGAAUGUAUCUCACAACAACCUGGAAGGCGAUAUCCCUAAGAACAGUAACUUCUCAAGAUUUUCACCAGACAGCUUCAUUGGCAAUCCUGGUCUUUGUGGUAGUUGGCUAAACUCACCCUGUCGUGAUUCUCAUCCAACUGUACGAGUGUCAAUCUCUAGAGCAGCUAUUCUUGGAAUAGCUAUUGGGGGACUUGUGAUCCUUCUUAUGGUCUUAAUAGCAGCAUGCCGGCCGCAUAAUCCUCCUCCUUUUCUUGAUGGAUCACUUGACAAACCAGUGUCAAAGACACAUACUUCAACUUACGUUAUGGGCACGAUUGGUUACAUAGACCCCGAGUAUGCUCGCACUUCACGUCUCACUGAGAAAUCCGAUGUCUACAGUUAUGGAAUAGUGCUGCUUGAGUUGUUAACCCGAAGGAAAGCCGUCGAUGAUGAAUCUAAUCUCCACCAUCUGAUAAUGUCAAAGACGGGGAACAAUGAAGUAAUGGAAAUGGCAGAUCCAGACAUCACAUCGACGUGUAAGGAUCUCGGUGUGGUGAAGAAAGUUUUCCAACUGGCACUCCUAUGCACCAAAAGACAGCCAAGCGAUCGACCUACGAUGCACCAGGUGACUCGUGUACUCGGCAGCUUCAUGUUGUCAGAACAGCCACCUGCCGUGACAGACACGUCAGCAGCGCUGGCUGGUUCUUGCUACGUCGAUGAGUAUGCGAAUCUCAAGACUCCUCACUCUGUCAAUUGCUCUUCCAUGAGUGCUUCUGAUGCUCAGCUCUUUCUUCGGUUUGGACAAGUUAUUUCUCAGAACAGUGAGUAGUGUGAAUUACUGUUUUUUCUUAGGAGAAAAAUCUACAAAACGGUUUUGUUGCAUUAAGCUGUUAGAAAAUUAUUGUUCUCAUGUAAAAAUUUAUGCACUGCCUUAUUAUUAUUAGACAAGUGUGUGAAUAUCCUCA